AUGCGUGUCAACGUGUAUAAGACCAAAGAUAUGCGAAUAAACACAGACGACAUAGAACCCAUUCAGAUUAAUGGCAAGAACAUAGAACAAGUGGAAAAAUUCUGCUAUCUCGGUAGCAUGAUAGAUCACAACGGAGGCACGGAUAUUGACGUCGAGGCGAGAAUCAACAAGGCACGAGCAGUGUUCGGACAACUGAAGAACUUCUGGCGUUCCAAGAACAUCAACCGUAACACCAAAAUCAGGAUCUUUAACUCCAACGUAAAAACUGUCCUCUUAUACGGGUGCGAGACUUGGUUUGUGCGUAAAGAUAUUUCCUACAAGCUUCAAGUUUUUAUAAACAAGUGCUUGCGACAAAUUCUGGGAAUAUUUUGGCCACGAACCAUCAGAAAUGAAGACCUUUGGACUCUCACAAACCAGAGACCUACGCAUUUAGAGAUCCUCGAUCGAAAAUGGCGCUGGAUAGGUCAUUCGUUGCGGCAGGAGGACUCUCGCCUCACAAAGCAGGCCCUAGUGUUUGCCCCGCAAGGAAAAAGAAGGAUAGGGCGCCCAAGAAUAACUUGGAUAAGGACAUUAGCCCAGGAGAUCAAGUCGAUCAACAUGAGCUGGCCAGAAGUUGUGGCUGCUGCCUCUGAUCGUCAGAAGUGGAAAGCUGUAGUUGCGGCCCUAUGCUCCACUAGGAGUUAA